AUGGCAAACGCUAUAAGACGGUUACAGGCCUUAGGGGAGGUAGAGCGUUGGGGGAGGGCACACACCGUGAGGUUGAUGUGGCGCUUGCUGUACAUCACGCCAUUGUCAGCAGAACAUGGGUUAGGUACCAGCAAUAUGGUACAACCGUCAGGAGGAAUGGCGGAGACACACAAAUGGUGGCGACAUGCUGUAAUGGCUGUUUCCGGGAGGAAGGCUGGUAUGCAUUUCAAAUCACCAACAUUAAAGAGUUCUGGUGACGGUCUUAAAGUAUUUUGCCUGCCCUGUGACAGAGAUGGCGAGAGAUUGGCCGCUCAUGGCUUCUGCAAGAAUUGUCAUGAGCACUUAUACAUAAAAGAAUUCCGUAAAGAAAUCAAUCAAAGGCUAGAUGAGCUUGAGGUGCAAGCAGAAAGAAGAGCACAUGAAACACUGCGUGAAAAUUUCAAAAAUCUUAACAAAAUAGAAACAGCUUGUAAUGAAACCACCAGCAGUAUUCAGAAAUCAGCUGACAAAAUCAAACAAUAUAACAUAUCAAAACAAGCAGACGAACUUUUCAUUGAACUAAAGUGUGCAGAGCAAAUGCUAAAAGAGUAUGAUAAAACUUUUGCAGAUUUAUCGAACUUUGAUAUCAAGGAGUAUAACUUUAAACCCAAUGAAACGAUAUUCACAUUGCUCAAACAAGAAACUUUCCUUGGAAGAUUAGCACUGACAGCUCUAAACACAGAAUGUACAGCACCAGCAUCACAAAUAGAGUCAAAUCAAUUUCCUGGCAAAGAAAAUGGAGAUAUAUGUGUGAAAACUUCACAAGACAAAUUUAGCUGCUGGAUUACCGGGAUGACUCUGCUGACUCCCGAACUUCUUAUCAUCACUGACUUCUUAAACAGUGCUGUAAAGGUGGUAGAUACUAGCAGCCAAUCUGUGUCUGUUCAACUACAACUAGAUGUUGAACCAUGGGAUAUCACCGCAGUUACCAAUAUAGAACUUGCUGUUACCCUUCCUCAUAAACAAGUGAUACAGUUUCUAUCAAUCUCAACAAACACACUAUUAAAGAAGCGGCAGUUGAAGGUUGAUGGAGAUUGUCGUGGAAUCAGUUGUUAUCAACGUAAACUUGUUGUUUCAUUCAAUAAUCCCGUGAAAGUCCAAAUCUUUCAGAGAAAUGGGACUGUACUGAACACCAUUGAAAACGAACUAUUCAGGUCCCCCUUAUAUAUCACAACAAACAAUCAGUUUAUAUAUGUAUCUGACUGGAAAAUGAAAACAGUAACAAUAUUAAAUUGGCAGUAUGAAGAGAUUGCAAACAAUACUAGUAUGGAUGACCCUAAAGGAAUUUCACUGUCGGAUGAUGGUACGGUCUUUGUGAGUGAUGGAGUGAGAAAUGUUAUAGAAGAGAUGUCAGGAGAUUGUUCAGCAGGAGAAGUUGUGCGGAAGGAUCUGAAAUAUCCAUUUGCUGUAUGUUUUUGUAGUAAAACAAGGAAGCUAUACUAUAGCUGUCAUAGUGGGGAUUUCAAAGUUGACAAUGUCCUUAAAAUAUUCAAAGUGCCAGGGAAAAUAUGA